CUCUCUCUCUCUCUCUCUCUCUGCAGCUCUGACAGACGGAGCGGAGCGAGUGCGCUGCAGUGAUACACCUUUCUGCUUUCCGUGUGGACGCUAACUCUGCCCCCUUACAAUAGGAGAAGAGGUUUUUUUUUAAAACAGUUUGGGGGUUUUCUACGGGACAGACACGCCGACAAAGUGGAUAAAAAGUUUGGGUAGAAGCUGCUCGAGCGCAUUCCCGCGGACUUUGGAUUACUUUGCCAAGAGUUUAAGACCUGACAUCACCAUGCUACCUUACUUCCUGCUCAUCUUCCUCUCCUCUGGUCGGGUGUUAUCAUCUGACUGCCCAGCAGACUGUACCUGCCAGGCCCAGGCCUCCAUCUUCUGCAUUAAUCGACACUCCACUACCGUGCCCCGUGUCCCCAGCAGCACCCAAAAUCUGUACAUAUUCCAGAAUGGCAUCGACACUCUGUCUCAAGAUGACUUCAAAGGUCUGGGGGAGUUGGAGAUGCUCGAUCUGAGCCAGAACGAGCUGGCAGAGAUUCCAGAUGGUGUUUUUGAGAUGCUGACAAAGCUGAAGAACUUGGACCUGUCCUCUAACCACAUCACCCACAUUUCCAAAGACAGUUUUUCUGGGUUGGUCCAGCUGGAGAGGCUGUAUCUCCAUGCAAACCGCAUUCAAAGCAUCCAUUUGGAAGCUUUUGAAGGUUUAGAGAUGCUGCUGGAACUCAAGCUCCAAGGGAACCAGCUCACCACUUUGCCAUCCCUUCAUUUUCCCCAGCUUCUGCUUCUAGACCUCAGCCACAACAACAUCCCAACCCUGGGGCCAUCAGACCUCCAGACUCCCCACCUGGAGGCCCUUAAGAUGGCCUCUCUGGGGCUUACCUCUGUGGAUGAAGAUCUCAUAGCCUCUUUGAGGAACCUUCAUGAGCUGGACAUCUCUACAAACCAGUUAACUGAGGUGCCUCAGGCCCUAAAGCAAGACUCCCUCAAGGGGCUGAUCAAGCUCAGCCUGGCUGCCAACCCACUGGGAGAGCUCAGGGUGGAGGACUUCCAGAGACUAAGUGGGCUUCAAGAACUAGAUCUCAGUGGUCUUAAUCUCCAGGGAUUUUCUAAGAGUUUCUUCAAGACCUUCCCAAAGUUGAUGCACCUGACAGCAGCUGAGAACCCGUUUAACUGCUUGUGUCCAUUGGCCUGGUUCCCUGUCUGGCUUAAAGAGAAGGAUGUGAAUCUUGGGAGGCCUGAGGAAACCAGAUGUCACUUCCCUCUUGUUAAUGCUGGGAAGAUGCUCAUAGCACUGGAGCACAAAGACUUUGGGUGUCCACCUACCACAACAGUGCUGGUUGGCUCCCCCAUUGGAAGUACUCCUGUUCCCCCAAUGCCCACCCCAUCUCCAGAAACCAUCCAUACCAAUGCUAUUCCUCCUCCUCCACCACCAAGUGAGACAACAAUCUCCUCAAAAACAGACAGCCCUCUGUCACCAGAACCUCCAGUCUCCCCAAGCUCCACCAGCGGCGAUCUAGUGGGGCACAUCUGCCCGGCAAACAUCUGUCUCAAUGGGGGCACUUGUAAUUUUGACUCAUUGGGUCAACUCAGCUGUCUGUGUCCGUCAGUAACAUCUGGCCUCUACUGUGAGAAUGUUGAUGAGGUUCCUGAGCCAACAACACCUUCAGCAACAGAAGUUGUCCCUCCGGCGCCUACCGAGCUUGAUGCCAUCAGCUCACGGCAGGUCACUUCCACAUCUAUCCUUCUUGACCUGCACCGAUUCAUCGAGACACGACCACACAUCCGUGGCAUCAGGUUGACCUACCGUAACCUCUCAGGGCCUGACCGCCGUCCCAAUUUCCUGAGUGUACCAGCAUCCUACCCUGAGUACACUUUGCGUGGUUUGAGACCCAACUGUACCUACUCCGUCUGUGCCAGUCCCUUGGGUGAAAGAAUCAACUCUAGGGCCAACAGCUCUGCAGAAACAGGGUCGUGUACAGAGGCUCGCACUGAAGGUGUCCCACUUACAUCCCCAGAGUCCAGGGUGGAGACACAGAGCCCACUGACGUACACUCUCAUCCCCGCCCUGGCUGCACUGGCACUAGUGCUGGGGUUGGCUGUUGUGGCCGGGACAAUCAUCUGUGUUCGAAAGAGGAGGCAGGCCAAGGCGGGAAUGGAGCUUGAGCUGGGCCCGGCAGAACCUGAUCCCAUGGAACUGGAGGGCAUAAAGACAUGCCUGGAGAAUGGGGGAAAUGGUACACUUCCCCACAAGCAACCUGAGAUUGACCGCUGUCACACUCCACAGCCGCCUCCAUCCUUGCAACAAAACGGGGGUUUGGACUAUGAAGUACCCUUGAUGCAAGGCCACUGCCCAUCAAAUAACAAUGUAGCAUCCUUAAAGCCAUCUUAUUUCUAAAAUUCAAUAGAAUAUGAACAUUUGGAAAGAUUUGGAUGCUUAAAAAAUUAAAUUUUCAUUCCAAUUUCAUUCAUUCAUGAUCCUCAACCGCUUAUCCGCACUUGGGUCGCGGGGGCUGGAGCCAAUCACAUAGAGACAGACAAUCACACUCUCAUUCAUUCACACCUACGGGCAAUUUAGAGUCACCAAUUUAACCUAAGUGCAUGUUUUUGGAUUCUGGGAGGGAGCCGGAUGCAAACUCCACACAGAAAAGCGGUAGGCAGGAGGCGAACCGGCGACCCUCUUGCAGUGAGGGUUAACCACUACACCACUGUGUAGUCCAUUCUGAUUUCAGAUAUCCACAAAUUUAAAUAGUGGCACUUACUGUCCUUUGUUGUGCAAAUGAUGACACUACAGACUGGAUCCUUUACUUUAGAGAUACUGAAUGAUGAAUUUGAAAUUUACAGCAUAUUGGAAAUGUGCUACACCACUUUGGGACAAUGAUCAUCUUGCAGAGUUCGAUGAUGGUGAAACCAAGUGAUUAAACUAAGUGCAAUCGACUAGAAGGGUCUUAGUUGCAGACUGAAAACGGAAGUGCCUUUUUGCAUUGACACGACUGUAACCAGUGGCUCGUUUGGAGAAAAAAAAAUCUUUGUUUAUAUGUGAAUGAGCUGUAAUCCUGCUGCUGGAUUUGGGAGACACAGUUUGGCCCCACAGUUUGGGCUACAGAACUGGAGGAAGUGACAGUGGUUUAAAUGAAAACAGUGAUGCCUGGACCACACGUCCUGGUGCAAAAUGGUUUUUUUGACCAACUCCAAGAGCUUGCACUGAAAAGAAUUAUAUUUCUUUUCCUUUCCAGUGUCAUGAAUUGUCACAAGACUUAUGAUGGCCACAUAAAGAAAGGCAAUAAUUCAAAAACAUUUAUUUUGGGUUUUUUUUAAUGCUGCAAAGCAUUGGUGACAGUAGAAGCUGUCUAAACUUCAUAUUUUGCUGUUGAAAUGAUCUAAUCUGAAACAAAACAUUACACGCGAAGUUGGAUUUUUCAGUGUCAACAGAUCUACCAUAAUUCUCUCCACAAAUCCUGAAGCUUCCGGCUCAGUGGGAGAUGAAUUUGCUGUGAAAGAUAAAUGGACUGAAUGAAGAGCCAUUGAGAAUGGACUUUGCCUGCAUUGUUCUGUGCCGUGACGGGAAAGCUGUUUUGUCUGUUAUAUCAUGAUAUUUUGCCAUGUGUCUUUUUAUGUUUUUAACAUUUUUUUUUUGCUGUCAAUGUCCAGUCAGUAUUGCAAAUUAAAACAUUAUUUUUCUUCCUUGAAAAAGCCUGCUUAAGUCAUCAUGGAUUCGCAAAAUUUUUCCAUUUGCAUUUUAGCCUACAUGCAUCUAAAACCUCACAGAAUGCUUUUGUACGAGUUUCACCAACAUGUGUCUGAGAAACUCACCAAGUGAAUGUAACUAUCAGGUGUCAGACACUUUAUUUUCUUUGCCAGCGCUGCAUCAGGACAAGCCACAGACUGGUUUUGACAGCCAGAGCUCCCAAAAUUUUGUUCAAAGGCAGUUUUGCCGCAGAACCCACCCCUAUAAAGCAGCACACGCGUGCAGAGAAAAGAAAAGCAAGUUCAAAGAGCUCGAAGGAAAUUUGCUGUGAGUGUCAGCGAGCUUUAGGCCCUAGUUUCCUCUCGGAGCUGCUGACUGAACCGUUUCUGAGAUAUGGUCUAGACAGCGUCCCCCUGUAGCUGUUUGUUCUCACACACCCUCUCGCUUGCUCUAUGCCUCUGCCCCAACAGUCCAGUGUGUUUUAAGCAUCACGGCUUGUGUGUUUGAAGACUGUUUUGCUUGUUUACAGCCAAGCAGACUGUGAAAUGCACAGGCUAAGUGCACCGUUCUGAUGUAUUUCUUCUCUUUUUCCUGUCUAGGGCUUGGAAUGUCACAAGCUUUUUAGUUGUGUUUUUGAUGUCUUUUUCCUUUCAUGAGAAAGAAUCUUAACUUGCAAAGUAUAAUAGGUUUACAGAAACAUGCCUUAACAACAGUGGUGCUAGCCUUACUGACAUUUUAAAGUGUCAUAUUACAUGCUGAU